AUGACUGCGAUUCUAGCGGAAGUCGGAUGCACACUGAUGAACCCGUACGGUCCGCCGUGUCUUCCUUCCGAUCUACACGCUUUCCGCCGCAAUCUCACUAUUCGCUUUUCUUCUUGCUCCGCUAAUUCCGGCGAGAGAGAUAGCGUCGCUUCCCUUCGCUCCGUUUUCAUAGCUGGGUUCUCAUCGUACAUUCAAUCUCCGAGUAAUCUUCGUAGAGUGCUUUCGUCCUCUUCAUCAACUAAGAGAGACGAGAGUUUAGUUCGGAAUCUCCUUCUUGUGUCUCCUAUUCAACUUGAUAUUCAGGAGAUGCUACUUGAGAAGCUUCCGGAGUACUUUGACGUUGUUACAGGAUGUACUUUAGAGGAGGAUGUUGCUCGUCUUAUCAUCAACCAUUUCCGUUGGCUUGACUUCAUUGUUAAUCCUGAUGUGUUCACCGAUAAGCUGAUGCAAGUUCUAUCGAUUUGUCCUUUGCAUUUAAAGAAGGAAAUCAUUGGAUCGUUGCCUGAGAUUAUUGGGGAUCACAACUGUCAAGCUGUGGUUGAUUCUUUAGAAAAAAUGCUUCAGGAGGAUUCUGAUGUUGUUGUUCCAGUGCUUGAUUCGUUCUCCAACCUUAAUUUAGAUGAUCAAUUGCAAGAACAGGUGAGGUUUUGCUUCAUUAUUGGUUUAAGAAAAUGUUGGAAGAAUAAUCUCCCAGAUACGGGAACAGUUGAAAUUCACCGGAACUNCGUUUUCAUAGCUGGGUUCUCAUCGUACAUUCAAUCUCCGAGUAAUCUUCGUAGAGUGCUUUCGUCCUCUUCAUCAACUAAGAGAGACGAGAGUUUAGUUCGGAAUCUCCUUCUUGUGUCUCCUAUUCAACUUGAUAUUCAGGAGAUGCUACUUGAGAAGCUUCCGGAGUACUUUGACGUUGUUACAGGAUGUACUUUAGAGGAGGAUGUUGCUCGUCUUAUCAUCAACCAUUUCCGUUGGCUUGACUUCAUUGUUAAUCCUGAUGUGUUCACCGAUAAGCUGAUGCAAGUUCUAUCGAUUUGUCCUUUGCAUUUAAAGAAGGAAAUCAUUGGAUCGUUGCCUGAGAUUAUUGGGGAUCACAACUGUCAAGCUGUGGUUGAUUCUUUAGAAAAAAUGCUUCAGGAGGAUUCUGAUGUUGUUGUUCCAGUGCUUGAUUCGUUCUCCAACCUUAAUUUAGAUGAUCAAUUGCAAGAACAGGCGACUACAGUAGCAAUAUCGUGUAUUAGAACAAUCGACGCAGAGCACAUGCCAUAUCUACUUAGGUUUUUGCUUCUUGCUGCUACUCCAGAAAAUGUUGGAAGAAUAAUCUCCCAGAUACGGGAACAGUUGAAAUUCACCGGAACUUCACAACCUUGUCCUUCUCAGAAUAAACUUAAAGGAAAAAUACCUGCAUAUAACGCAGAAGGUUCUAUUCUCCAUGCUUUAAGAUCAAGCCUUCGGUUUAAGAAUAUACUCUGUCAAGAAAUCAUAAAGGAGCUGAAUAGUCUGGAGAAACCUCGGGAUUUCAAGGUAAUUGAUGUAUGGCUGCUUAUUCUCAUGUACAUGAACGGGGACCCCAUCCGGAAGAGUAUCGAGAAAAUAUUUAAGAAGAAAGUAGUAGAUGGAUGCAUACAAGAAACCCUGCUUGAUCAAUGUAUAUGUGGUAAUAAAGAGUUUGUGCAGGAUAAUUUUGCAUCAUUUGUUUCUUUGGCUGAACACCUCUUGUCAUGCAAAGAAGAAAAGGCAAGGGAAAUUGGCUCGCAUAUCUAUACUCGUCUUUUUGAAGGGUUUACUGACAAUUAUUCAAGACAAGAGAUUCUAGGUGCCCUAGUGACGCACGUGGGAUCUGAUAACAAAUUUGAGGUCAGUUCUGUCUUGGAGAUGAUGACGGCUCUUGUGAAAAAAUAUGCUCAGCAACUCCUUCCCUUUUCUUCCCACAUAAAUGGUAUUUUGGACUACUUAGAGGGUUUUAGUAUUGAAAAUUUGCAUAAGGUCUAUGAGGUUUUCAGUCUCCUUGCACUAUCAGCUCGUGCAAGUGCUGAUUCUUUUCGAUCUUCAAUUUCAAAUGAACUUAUGAUGAUAGUAAGGAAGCAGGUUAGUCAUCCAGACCUCAAGUACAAAAAGAUGGGCUUAGUUGGAACUCUUAGGAUUGUGUCGUCACUUGGGGAUGCAAAGAGUGUUCCUGACUUUCCAUCAUCACAGGUUUCAGAUUGUGGGGAGAUUCUGGAGCUCUUAAAGACAUCUGUUGACUCUUGCAAACAGUCUAACUUAGCCCUAAUUAUGUUCUAUGAUGAAUUUGCUACAAUUCUUAGCCAUAAGUUACUUCAACCAGAAAUUAUGGAGUGGAUUGGGAAGCAUCUGGGAGAAUUUGAGUCGCUGUUUCUAGCCGAUCUCGAAAACGGAAAGAUGGCUGAUAAGGGUUCAUAUUGUGGACUAGAAGGGGAUCUUUGGAUGAACUUGGAUGGUAGUAUAUCACCAAUCUGUUUGAACAUUUUACCCCUGGCAUCUUCAUCCUCAGAGUCCUGUUGUCUGCAGAUUCUGCCUUCAAAUUUUCUUUUGCUAUCAACUGUUGAGAGGUUGACAAAUGAUGGAUCCCUUGCUGGGAUCGAUGCUCUGCUCGGAUGCCCUUUGCACCUUCCCUCUCCGAAGUACUUUGCAGCAGCUGGUUGGCAGUCUCUGACAAAGAAGCAGAGAGAAAUCCUCUCUCUCUCUUUAUAUUAUGCUGCAAACUGGAUACGAGAACUCCUUAACGCUUUCAGUUCCCAAAUUGAUGAAAGAUUUGGCUGCAUUAGUCAGGCUACAGAAAAGGAUGUAACAACAAAGCUUCUGAAGAGACUUAGAAAUCUAGUAUUCUUGGAAAGCUUAUUGAGCAAUUUGAUUACACUAUCUCCUCAGUCUCUACCGGAGCUCCACCCUUAUUCUGAAUCUCAUGUAGAACAUCCGGGGAAGAAGAAUGAGAAGAGGAAGCUCGACGAUGAUGGUUCCCAACAGAAGGGAAGCAUGCAAAAUAAAUUGAAAAAAUCUAAGCACUCAAAUGUGAAUGAAAAGCUGCGCCAGCCAACUAUUAUGGAUGCAUUCAAGAAAGCAGGAGCAGUGAUGAGUCAAAGUCAAACACAGCUACAUGGAACCCCUUCCCUUCCAUCUUUGGAUGGCAGGACAGCAGCAACACCAAUGAAUGAUUGUUCUGAUGAUGAAUCUCUAAUUGUGAAGAUUCCUCAAGUUUCAUUGGCACUUGAAGCUCAAAGAUUCAAGUUCAGGCCUCUUCUUCCUCAAUGCCUUUCCAUCUUAAAAUUUUUAAAGGUGCCAAGCCAAGACAUAGGCAGCCCUGAGUAUAAAGCUGAGCUACCUGUGUAUUUGUAUCUCUUACAUGAUCUUCACAACAAGCUGGAUUAUCUUGUUCCUCAUGGUAAACAACAUCCUUUUAAACGUGGAAGCGCUCCAGGUUGUGUCGGAAGAUUCAAAUUGUCUCUACCGGAGCUCCACCCUUAUUCUGAAUCUCAUGUAGAACAUCCGGGGAAGAAGAAUGAGAAGAGGAAGCUCGACGAUGAUGGUUCCCAACAGAAGGGAAGCAUGCAAAAUAAAUUGAAAAAAUCUAAGCACUCAAAUGUGAAUGAAAAGCUGCGCCAGCCAACUAUUAUGGAUGCAUUCAAGAAAGCAGGAGCAGUGAUGAGUCAAAGUCAAACACAGCUACAUGGAACCCCUUCCCUUCCAUCUUUGGAUGGCAGGACAGCAGCAACACCAAUGAAUGAUUGUUCUGAUGAUGAAUCUCUAAUUGUGAAGAUUCCUCAAGUUUCAUUGGCACUUGAAGCUCAAAGAUUCAAGUUCAGGCCUCUUCUUCCUCAAUGCCUUUCCAUCUUAAAAUUUUUAAAGGUGCCAAGCCAAGACAUAGGCAGCCCUGAGUAUAAAGCUGAGCUACCUGUGUAUUUGUAUCUCUUACAUGAUCUUCACAACAAGCUGGAUUAUCUUGUUCCUCAUGGUAAACAAUAUCCUUUUAAACGUGGAAGCGCUCCAGGUUGUGUCGGAAGAUUCAAAUUGGUUGAACUUCUUAGUCAAAUACAAGGACUUUUUCCAAGCCUCAGGAUACAUAUAAAUAUAGCAAUUUCCUUGCUAGUAAAAGGUAAGAGAACUGGAGAUUAUCAACCUGCUGCGAGCUAA